AGAGAUGUGAAAAUGUCUAAAGAAGAUAUUAUAUAUGAUGUUAUUGUAGUAGGGGCUGGUAUAGAAGGGUCAUCUACAGCAUAUCAACUAGCUAAACGAGGUCAAUCAACACUUCUACUAGAACAGUUUCUCCUACCCCACAGUCGAGGCAGUUCGCAUGGACAGACUCGUAUAAAUCGCCGAGCCUAUCUUCAGGCAACAUAUUCUGCUAUGAUGAAGCAGAAUGCUGAAGAGUGGAAUAUCUUAGAAAAAGAAUGUGGUGAAAAGUUAUACAAUAAUUGUGGAACUCUCGUUGUAUCUCGACCAUCCAUGCUGGAAGGAGUUGAAACGAGGCUAAAUGCCAAUAAAGCUCCAUACCGAGCACUCACAGGGCCCGAGAUGAAAUCCGAAUUCCCUAAUGUGACACUACCGGAUGAUUAUGUGGGUAUUUACGACUACCAAGGCGGGAUACUAUUCGCUGAUAAAUCACUUAGAGCCUUCCAGGAACAAUUUAAGAAAUAUGGUGGAACUUUACGUGAUGGUGAACAGGUUCAUGACGUAAUACCAGGGGAUAUUGUUAUCCUUAAAACCACGACCGGAAAUCAGUUUAGAGGAAGAAAUGUCGUUCUAGCUCUAGGUCCAUACACCAAUAAUUUACUGGCUAAAACUGGACUUCAAUUACCUCUACAGGUUGUAAGAAUACCUAUAUUCUAUUGGAAAGAAAAGGUGGCUGGGAUGUACUCACCUGAUAAAUUCCCGUGUUUUAUUGAUGAAACUGCUUCUGAGGGCGAAUCCAUUUACGGUUUACCAUCUCUUGAAUAUCCGGGGUUAGUCAAGAUAUGUUUGCACGCUGGUCCCGUGGUGGAUCCCCACAAGAGAGAAGAUGUUGAUUCCACCUGGGUGCGAGAGAGAAUGAUGAAAUACAUCGCGAAAACGUUUCCAUGGUUAAACCCUGUGCCUGCUAUAGAAGAAACCUGUAUUUAUACGAAUUCUCCAGACAAACAUCUGUUUCUUGACCGUCAUCCAAAAUAUGAAAAUAUCAUCAUAGCGGCCGGUUUCUCUGGACAUGGAUUCAAACUAGCGCCUAUUGUAGGAAAAAUUUUAAGUGAUUUGGUCCAGGCAAAGACACCAGCGUUUGAUAUGGAUUGGUUUAAAAUUUCCCGAUUUGAUAAAGGAGGCGAGAACCUUUCAUCCAAGUUAUAGUGUCCAUUCAGAAUGAUAUUAUGAUUGGGCAAUUAAAAUAAAUUAACAUAAAAUAAUUAAAAAAAAAGCAUCUAACGAAGUUUGAAUAAUAUAAAUAUCAUUUGACUUAAAGAUCGAUCAAAAUAACAAAUUAGGUAUGAGAGAGAGAGAAAUGGGGUUUAACAUCCACUCGAGACAAACUAGGUCAUUUCGGGACUAACAUAUGGUUCAAUUUUAAUUUAUAUAAUUUGCUUGUGCGUAGGGGUCUUUAGCAGUGGGAGGAAACCGGAGGACCCAGAGAAAACCCACGAGGUUGGACAGGCGACCUUACUCCUUGUCAAAUGAUGUAUGAGGUUUAACUUUGAAUGGCUUCUUAUUCAAACUGUUAAUUAGUUUAUUGUUAUCCACGUGUAUAUAACAUUCUGUAACAUGUUUGAUUGUAUCAUUGCUUGAUAACGGUGAGA